AUGAAAAUAGAAAACAGUAUUGGUAAUGAACCUUUUUCUGUUUCUCAGAUUAUUGGAGAUAAAUUAUUACAAGGUUGGACGUUGUUGAAUUCAAGCUGUCAUAUUUGCAAUAUAACACCCCUUAUAAAACAAAAAAACAAGGAAGAACGAUUUUGCGUUCGAUGCAAUUUAUUCAUUAAAUUUGAAAAAUCAGAAAGUGAGGAAGACACUAAUGAUAUAAAAGAAAAGAAUGAAAAAAAAGAAUAUAAAGAAAAUGUUGGAGAUCCUAUUAAAUAUAUUAAAGAAAUAAAAUUGCAAAAUGAAGAAUUUAAUGAAAUACUAAAUAAGAAUAAUAUUUCAAAAGAUGAAAUUCAAAACCUUUUUGAAUACAAAAAUUAUAUAAAAGAAAGAUGUGGAUAUGAAGUAGGUGAAUGGUUAAAUUUUGAUAAGGGAUAUAAUCACAGUGUAAUAAAAAAUGAAAAUUUUGAAUUAGGAAAUGGAGAUAUUAAAUUAAAAAAAGAAAAUGAAUUUUAUUCAAAAUAUGAAAAUAAAGAUUUUUUGCAAUGUGAAAAGCCAGAUUUAAAAGGAUUAAAAAAAAAAGAUAUUUCGAAUACUGAAAUGAAUUAUAAUAAAUAUAGCAAAUUAGAAGAAGAGUUAUGUACUUUAAAUAAAACGAAAGAUGUUUUUAUAAAUAAACUAGAAAAAUACUUAGAAUAUUUAAAUAAAAGUAAUAAUAAAAAUGAAGAAAUGGAAUAUAUAAACAAAAUUUCAAAUGUUAUAACUAUUUUAGAAAAAGUAAAUAACCUAAAAAAAAAUAUUAUUGCCUAA